ACGAACUAGUUCCGAUGGCUCUGCCGGAGCUGCUUUUAUACACAAAAAUCAGCUGUUGUGCCCUUCCGCGUUCAUAGCACGUUUUUCUCGAUCAGCUGUCAACCAGCUCUAAGAUACAUAUCUUCUUUAAAGGGUUAGUAAGAACUGCAAUUCUGUUUUUAUCUUGUGAAAUGUCUCCCACUCGCAAGCUUAAGAUUUAUUAUUCGCUUGGCAACAGAGCUGUCAUACAUGAGAUUUUGCUGUUUACCGGAUCCCAUAAAAAGGCGGACUGGCAUUUAAGAUGAGACACUACCAGAAAACAUUCAGACUGAACGAAAUGACAAGAGUAUUUCAGAAUUCUCUACUGCAGGCCAAAACGCGUUAUCAACUGUUGGCUACAGUGAUCGUGAACAUCAUUACCUUUGGACAUGGCGUUGGUGUGGGUUGGCUGUCGCCGACUUUAACGAGGAUCCAAGCCCCCGAUUCACCCCUCGACUUUGCAGUCAACAUCGACGAGAUAUCCUGGCUGGGUUCAAUGAUCGGACUUGGAAACUUAGCUGGAAAUCUGGCCAUUGCCUUUCUUUUGGAACGGACGGGGAGAAAGUUUUGCAUUUAUCUUCUGGCCGGACCAUAUGCAUGUCUGUGGAUUCUCGUAUACUGCGCCUCCAACGUGGGCUAUCUCUAUACAGCGCGAUUCCUGUGCGGGUUCACUGGAGGCGCAUUGUAUAUAGUAGUUCCCAUUUUCAUCAGUGAAGUCGCCGAUCCCAGCAUUCGAGGAGCUCUAAGUUCCGUGAUGAUGAUGUAUUUCAACUUUGGAGUAUUGGCUGGCUAUACAAUGAGCACGUACCUGCCAUAUCAUGUCGUACCCAUCGUGGGUAUUAUGCUGCCGAUUGCCUAUUUUUUCGCAAGUCUUAUGCUCCCUGAAACGGCGCCAUAUCUCCUGAAGCGGAGCCAAUUGAAUGCAGCUGAGAAAUCCUUCAGAUAUUAUACAAAUCAACAGGGAGGAGUAACGUCCAAGGCACAAUUUGAAGAUCUUCGAUCAGCGGUCCUUCUUCAGCAGUCGCAGUCCACAUCUCAUCUGAGUUAUAAAGACUUGAUUACCAAGCCUGCCCUCAAGGCGUUUGGUGCCGCUGCUGUCCUGUGCGCGGGACUUGAGCUCAGUAACGUUUAUAGCUUCAUCAACUACAUGUCUGAUAUUUUCACCUCAUCUGGAUCGCUGCUGGACGUCAACACCUGUACGAUCAUCAUCGGAGUAGUGCAAAUUAUUGGAGUCUAUACCUCUACAAUAUUCGUGGACAUCGUUGGACGACGGUUCCUUAUGCUGAUCUCUACCCUAGGCGUGGGCAUAGGAUGCAUCGCCUUUGGGUGCUUUACCUACUUUGCAGAGCACUACGAUCUCAGCCAGUUUAAUUGGCUUCCACUGGCCCUAAUGAUUCUCAUAAUUUACUUUGCCAACAUUGGGAUAAAUUCGCUAUUUUGCCUUGUGAUGGUGGAACUCUUUCCAUCGAAGAUACGCUCUUUGGCUACCUCGAUGUCAUUGAUAUGGAUGAGUCUCUUGAUCUUUUGCACUUUGAAGUUGUUUCCUUAUUUGAUGCACAACUGGGGCAUAUCGAUUACCAUGUGGUUCUCAGCCACUUGGAGCCUGCUGACUUUUAUUUAUUUCUUGCUGUUCUUGCCGGAAACUAAGGGAAAAUCCAUGAUUGAAGAUUAAAAUUUGAGCCGGAAUAACUUGGUGCUUUAUUUUUGACUAACUAUUCAGAGAGUAGAGGUGUACAUUAGGUAUAUUCAUGCAGAUCUCCCAGAAGAGCAUUCACCUA